AUGGCUACCAAGGAUAAUACAGCAAACGCGUGUGCCAACGACGCUACGAACACUAACCACUCACCAUUACACCUUCUCCAGAGUGUCAUUCAAUCCAGUCACCCAGCAGUAGGAAAAGAAGAUGCUAAUCCAUUGAAAUCAUCUUCCGCUAAAUCCUCUGGCAUGAUUCAGACAAGAACUCUGACAUUAUACAGUGGCACGAUUAAAUCCUCCACAGCAACAAUACCAGAAGCUACGGUAGAGUCCUCUCAUUAUGAUGCAGCCAAGCCUCCUCCUGCGGAUGCUUCAGCUGAGUAUGAUCCAGAAGCUGGUCCCCCUGACACGGAAGGCACAGCUUAUUCUUAUAUUUCUUCUUCCUCCUCCACCUCUUCUUCCAAGAAUAGUGUUGCUCUACCAGUAAAAUCCAACAAGAAGGCAUAUAAGACACCAGUCGAAGAUGGAACUAUCUUGAAACUAGUCGAUGUCGUCUUGGGGCGAGGUGGACUAGCAAACAACCAUCCUGGGAACAAAGACUUGUUGGGAAGAAUCAAGGAUCUACAAACGAUUUACAAGAGAUACUCGGAUAUGAAUCGACAAGAAAAGAAUGACUCGACACGAUUGGUUUUUGACUGGAUCAAAGAAAGAGGGGGAAGGUUUCUCAAGAUGGAUCCAAUCAAGGAAUGUUGGAGAGAAGUUGAUCAACGGCAAGCCUACAAUAAGGUGAUGCACAUGUUCCGAGAUGAUCAUUCGACAGAAGGACGGGCAAGAAAGAGAAAGAAAUACUCCAAACACAAGCUGCCUCCUUCCAUUACAUCUGGAACAGUCGCAUUUUCGGAUGCAACCAGCAUCUCGGGAUCCAAUCAAGAGAGUGUGGAGGAUACGGAAGGUCAACCCCUCAUCCUCGAUGUCUUUCAAGCUACUUCUUCAUCUUUCAGUGACACACGACCGACCAAACCCGCAAAUCUUGAAACAGCAUCUGUUGUUGUGACUCCCACUCCAGCAGCGGCAGCGGCAGAAGACACGGGUUCCUCUCAUAUUAGUGAAAAGGAUGUUUUGUUUGGACGUGGGGGGCACGCCAACAACAACUCCGGGAACCAAAAUCUAUUGGAAUACAUCAAGUCCAUGCAAGACGAGUACAAAGCCUUUGGGAACACGGAAACUGGCAAAAAAGAAAAGAAGAAACUAACACUCAAGGUUGUGGAAUGGGUACAUAAUCAAGGAGGAAGAUUCCUUAGACGAGACAAAAAGGAUGGACCGUGGGAGGAAACCACCGAGAAGGAUGCUCGAUUGAAAGUCAGCCAGCUCUUUCGAAACGAUCAUACUCCGGCAGCUCGGCUCCGGAAACGCAAGAAAUAUAGUGGGGACAUGUGGUCCAAAAAGUCCCCUGAUGAUACAACAGCCAUAAAUGAUUCUUCCAGCAGCAAUCUCGCACAAGACAACGAUAACGAAUCAUCAUCCGAAGUGGACCCAAUGGAGGACCAAAAGCCUGCGGCAGUGGACACUCCAGUAGCAUUAUCCAAAUUACCGCCAAAUCUUACAGUUUCCAGUCCGGUAGCAUCAGUGUCAUCAAACCUUGCCGGACUCGCCACCUUGGCAGCAAAUGAAUCUGAAAUGGGUGUCAAUUUUUCAGCUGAGGAGCAAGCAACCGAUAAAAUGAAAGAGGCUUCAUCCAAUGCUGAAGUUACUUCCGAGAAUGAACAAAAUAUCAGUGCCAUCACCCUUGGGGAAAUGACCACAGCACCUCCUCCGAACAAUCCCAUGGAAGUGGCAAAUCCAAUUACAAAUGUCACCCUACCAGAAGGUGCUCUUUCGCAAUUUCAUAUGCCAUUUCAGUACUUGCCAUUUGGUAUGCACUCAGCACCGCAUCCGUUCGACGUAAUGCAGAGUCCUAGUAUCCAACCCUAUCUUUCAGAACCGCAAGCCGCCAUGCAUUUUGCGGCUGAAAAUCCAAUAGUUGCAAGCGUACCAUCAGCUCCCGCCGGACCCAAUGGGACUCCCAAAAGCAAUGUAGUGGGAACCUUUUCCGAUAAGGACGUUCUCUUGGGUCGUGGUGGACAUGCCAAUCAUCAUCCGGGGAACAAGACGUUGCUCGACCGAGUCAAAAUGUUUCAACCCACCUACAAAUCCUUCGGAUCGGAAGAAGAUGGCAAGAAACAAAAGAACAAUCUAACCCGGGAGUUGGUCGAAUGGGUACAAGCACAAGGUGGGCGCUUCCUAAAACGUAGUGGCAAGGACGUUCCGUGGCGAGAGGUCAGCUACAAUGAAGCUCGAAUGAAAGUCAGUCACUUGUUUCGCAACGACCAUACUCCGGAAGGGCGGGAACGCAAGCGCAAGCGAUAUGCAAAUGCAAAUGCAAAGAACGCUAGUGAAUUAUCGCCAAAUAAGGAGACGGAGAAAAAAUGA